GGUGUGGUGCAUGAAUUCAUCUUCAUUGUGCUCCGGCUGGAGUUGGAAGUAGUUCCGGUGGGUUCUCAGCGGAGCACGGAGCGCUCAGAGAGCCGGGAUCUUCUGCCGCCGCCGCUGUUGCUGCUCAGCUCAAACGCCAGCAGCGGGUCGCAGUGUUUCCGUCAGGAGCCUCGAAUGACCACAAACAACCCGGUCAGUUCAGUCUGACUCCGCCAGCCGGAGCGUCGAGCCCGCAAACCCGAGUGACAGCGCAAAGAUACCGCUGGAGCUUUUGUCUUCCAGAGGGGAAUUUUCAAGUGCACAAUCAGCGACGUCGGGAAUAUAUUAAAAACACAUAGAGACCUGAGCCAGUUCAGUUUUAUACCUCACGCCGCAGCAACAGCCGCCUUCUCACGGGCUAAAUGAAGAUUUUGUGAACAUGCACGAGUGGAGAACUUUAUCUUUCACAGCGCUGACUUCCCCAGAUGCUUUGGCCAAAAGAAAGAUGGAAACAAAUGGGAAGAGCUUGAGCCAAGACUGCAGCAUGAAACCCAUUCAGUGAGCCAGCAGAAGAUCCCUCCGUUCGCAACGUUGCUGAAGCCCCUCUCCUUCCUUUUUUACCCCCUGGGGCAUCAAGCACCAUGACCUCUGAGCUAGAGAGCAGCCUCACUUCCAUGGACUGGCUUCCUCAACUUGGCAUGAGGGCAGCCAUCCAGAAGGCAGAUGUGGGACACCACCACGGUCACCUUGGGCAUCAUCAUCACCACCACAUGCACCAUCACGGGCAUGGGCCAGGAAAGAAGAUGGUGCAUCUGGAUUCGGGAACCACACUGGACCAAGAAGAGGCUGCACAGCACAGAGACGGCAAACCCCCCUACAGCUACGCCAGCCUCAUCACCUUUGCCAUCAAUGGUUCUCCACGGAAACGGAUGACGCUCAGUGAGAUCUACCAGUGGAUCUGUGACAACUUUCCUUACUAUAGAGAGGCGGGCAGCGGCUGGAAGAAUUCUAUCCGACACAACUUGUCGCUGAAUAAGUGUUUUCUCAAAGUGCCUCGCUCCAAAGACGAUCCUGGGAAAGGUUCCUACUGGGCGAUAGACACUAACCCUAAAGAGGAUUCAGUUCCCUGCAGGCCAAAGAAGAGACCACGUUCUGGAGAACGGGCAUCAACUCCUUACAGUCUGGAGUCAGAGUCCCUUAGAAUGGACUGCAUCAUGUCAGGAGGUGCAUCCCCAACUCUGGCCAUCAGUGCAGCAAAUAACAAGGUAGCGCUGUAUAACCCUGAAGCAGAAGGCGGUGAGAGUCCUGGGAGUCUGGGUAGCAGCCUCAGCAACAGUCUUUCAGAGCAGAGUUUGGCGUCUGUCAGCCUUAACAGCCUGAACCCUGCUGUCAGCAGCGGCAGCCGUGUACACAGCUACACACCAGUGAGCAGUCACUCGGAGCCUUCGUCCCAGUCCCUGGGCCUUCAGCAGUCAGGCCAGCCUCCACCUCCGCCCCCUCCUCCCCCACAGCCCCAAUACGGUUUACCUGUCCCGGAAUCACGGGACAAGCAGCUCUGUUUCUCAGACUUUGAGGACCUCAGCGCUUCUUUCCGCAGUCUGUACAAGUGCAUCUUUGAGCAAUCCUUUUCACAACAAGGUUUGAUGAGCAUGCCAAAUGACUCCAGCCAGCAGGCCCGAACAGCCUGCUCUUACCAACACUCUCCCAGUGCGGGAGGCAGCGUUGGACACCACCACCAACACAGCCAUGGCCAGACGUCGCACCACGCCCACCACCCUCACCUGUCCCCUCACCGGCACCAGGUGCACAGGGUGCAUGGCCAGCACCAACAGCACCUCUCUCUCUCCCACCAGAGUCAUGCCGUUCAGCCUUCAGGCAUGUCAUCUGACUGGUACCCAAACCUGGAGUGGCUGAAAGAGAGCUGCCGCAUCGCAACCAGCUAUAACUGGGCUGAUGUGGAUCUCUCCCCAUUUCAAGGUCUGAAGGAGAGCAUGAGGCAGGCCGAGCUCAACAACUGGACCCUUGAUGCCACUCAGAUGGCUGACCUUUGUUCUUCAAUCAACCAGUUCUUCACAGCUACAGGGGUCAUCCCACCUCAGAGCGCAACCCACCCACAACCUCAGGUCCAACACUCAGCAGCACCCUCAGCAACACAGCGCCCGGCUCCCAUGCACCCAAAGCCCAGCCACCACAAUCAGCAUGGGCAACACAACCAGCACAUUGGAACAGGGAACAUGUACAUGGACUCGAGACAGAACAUUUCUUGUCUGAUGGGCCCGCCAGGGUACCCUCACAUGCCUCCAAUGAGCAACACGGCUCCCAGCAUGACAGGUCAUCACAGCCAACUUAGCCAGCAGCAGCACGCUCUGCUUCCGGGACACUUUCAGGUGAGACGCAUGCUCGCUGCUGACGACAUCCAGGAUGACUUCGACUGGGACUCCAUUGUCUAAACUGAACUGUGAGUCAAAAUAAAAAAAAUGAGACCAGGCGGGACAAUAUUGGUUUUGUGGUGGACAACCUCCUCUGUUCACCCAAAUGAAGAAACAGACGACAAUCCAAAAGAGAACAAAUGGAGAGUAAUUUUCUAAAAUCUUGUUGGCCUUUUUUUCUAACAUAUGUGGCUGAGGGGUCCAAAGACAAUCAUUAUAAAAAAAAGAAACGGACAGACUUUGAUAAUGUGGGUCAGUGUGAAAAGGUAAACACAAUGUUCGAAGAGUCACAGAUCCCAAAGUGUUGUUAAACCUGUGAAUUUUCUUUUUUUUCUUAAAUGUGUUUCCUGCAACAGCUCUAUGUUUCCCCACUGGAGAAAGACACGGACAGAAAACUCUAAACCUGCAACAGAUUGCUGCAUAUGAAUCAACUUUCUUACAAACACAACAAGCAUGUUCAGAUAUUUUGAUUUUUUCUUGGAUGUUUCUAUGCCCUUUAACUGGGGCUCUCUAGAUGCUGCUGUAGAUCUGAACAAAAGAAGGAACAUGAUAAUGUGAUUGAGCGGAGCACCACCUACUGGUUAAACAGGAAUACUUUUGUUUUAAUGCACCGCAAUACAUUCAUAGAUAUCGUUUCUCUGUAUUUUGAAACACAAUUUCUAAAAUGUAUUGUAUGCCAUCAUCUGGUAUGCUCAGUUUUCAUGCUAUCAGGGUGGAAUGCUCACACACAUCUCCACAUUUCUGCAAUUUCUGAAACAACAAUGGCCUGCUGAGACCUGGCACUAACAUGUAUCCUGCCUGUUUGGUUUUACAUUUCCACUCCUGGUAGUAAAAUAUAUCAUGAGAUGGUCAGACAUGACAUACAGACAUUACUUACAGAUUUCUGUUUUUUAAUCACACUUGAAAUUCAGAUUGUCAAAUCAAUUUUCAUAUCAGACAAAGAGAACCUGAGUAAGAAACAACCUGGUUGUGAAAAAGUAAUUGUCCCAUUUGUUAUGUAAUCAAUUAAUUGUGAUUAACCGCAUUUGCUGGAAAGCUGAGUUAAAUUUCACACUUAGACCAGAUAACUACCAGACCCAUAGAAUUUACAAAUAAUUCAAAGAGAACCUAAUACCAUGAAGUGAGCUAGAGGAUCUCAAAGAUCAACAUGUCAUGCACUGAUUUAAAGAAAUUUAAAAGCAGAUUUGAUUCUAAGGCUUUGGGACUCCAGAGAACCUCAGUGGAAAUGUUCGCAAAAGUGGCCAGUCUACCAAAUGUAUUCAAAGAUUGCAUCAGAUUACACAGGAUUUCAAAAAGAACGCUCAACAACAUGUAAAGCACUACAAACCUCUCUGGCCUCAGUUAUGGUCUGUGUUAAUCACUCAAAAAUAAAAAGAGACUGUAAAAAUAGCAUGCGUGUGAGUGAUCCAGGGUGAGAACCACUGCUGACCAGAAAGAUCACAAAGGCCCCAUUCAGAUGUGCCAAAAAAACACCUGGGCGAUUACCAAGACUUUAUUUUGGAAAAUAUUCUGUGGACUGAAAACACUAAGGUGAAACUUUUAGACGGUGUAAUUCCAAUUACAUUUGGCUUAAAUUCAACAUUUCAGAAAAGGAGCACCCCUCCAGUCAAAUAUGGUGAUGGAGUGUUGGUCUAGGGAUACUUUGCUUUUUCAGGACCUCACCAUAAAGGAUAGAACCAUGAAUUCCUCUCUCUACCAGAGAAUGCUGAAGGAUAACCUCACCUUAAGGCCAAGUGCACUUGGGUUAUUCAGCAGGAUAGUAAUCAAAGGCACACUAGCAAGUCCACUGCUUAAUGGCUCUAAAACCAAAAUGAAGGCUUUUGAGUGAGGUAGUGUGGUUUGAUCAUUACAUGCAUUCCUACUUGAAAACCAUACACUGUUGCUGAACCAAUUCUGCAAAGAACAGUGGGCCAAAGUUUGCCAACAAUGUAAAAAAAGUCUUUGUCAGUAUGGACAUCUUUGGAUAACUGCAUUUUUUGUUUAAUCAGGUCAUCUUUGUCUGAUAUUUGUUUGGUCAUCUUAAACAUUUAAGCCUUAAAAAAUAAUCUAUAAGCACACAAAGGUUUUGAUGAGAUUAAUUAUGUAAUGUGUCAGAUGCAAUGUGUUAGAUUUGGGACUUCAGAGCUUAGUGUCAGCAGAAAGACCCAUAAAACUUCAUCACAGCUAAGCACUCUUUUUACGAGCUGACAGCUGUUUUACACAUUGUCACUGUGAUCAAACAUGCUGUGUGUAAAUAGGUGACUCCAUCCUACAUGCUUAUUAGUAUCACCUGUAAACAUAAUCUCACACUUAAAAAAGAGGAAUAAUUGUUUUGCAAAAUCCCCAGGACCACAUUUAUUGGUACCCCUGCUAUUCUAACUUUUUACAACCACUUUUUUGCAAAUACUACAGCACUUUAUGUGUUAUAACAUUUCAUUAAGUCUGAGCAUACAGAGAGAAGGAUCUAUGACCAUUCUUCUUUUAACACUUUCUCUAGAUCAACCAGAGCCCUGGGUUUUCUCUUUUGCUCUCUUCUCUUUAUCAGGGUUUCUAUAGCAUCUCUGUAUGGGGAAUGGGACGCCCAAGGAAGAAGGUUGACUUUGUGUUUAGUGAACCAUUUCUUUAUUGAUUUGCCCAGAUGCUUCAGAUCAAUAUCCUGUUAAAAGACUUUAUAUCAAACCAUUUAGGGUUUUCUGGCAGAUGCCACCAUAUUUUCUUUUUUAUGCCUUGGUAUUUUAAAAAGGUUCUUGAUGUGACACGGUUCCCAGACACUUGGGAAUAAAAACAGUCCUAUAGCAUCUCAGAUCCUCCGCCUUCCUCAAGUGGGCAUGAAGGCUUUUCCACAUAUUAUUGUCUUGUUUCACACCAAACCCACUUGGUGUAUUUGUUGUUGCUUAAUGUGCUUCUCAUCUAUGGUUCCAGUUCAGUCCCAGUAGUAUGUAGCAAAUCCUACAUAUUUGCAUUUUUGAAGGUGGAAUUGCAAAAACCUUUUCCUGGCAUGCCUAAGAAAUCGGUUGGCAUGUUCAUGCCAUAUAAUAGUUGUUAUGAGGACUUGUAUUAAUUUUGGAUCAAUACAUAUCCGUCUCCCUUGAAAAGCAUGUUCUCUUGUCUUUCCUAUUUCGAUGAGUUCCUAAGAAAAUCUCCGUCACGUAAUAUAUAAUAUACUCCUCUAAUUAAACAUACGUAGAGGCUAUGAUCAUAAGCACAAGUUACAAAAAUUCAUUAGCUGCAGCUGUUUUGUAUAUAAUUGCAGUUAUCUGCAGUUUUGUACAUUAUUUAUUUAUAUGUAUUUAUUUAUUUAUAGGUUUCUGUGAAAACAAUUACCUGUUAUUCCCAACAGAAUAUUUUUUUUUCAGUGUGAGAUUAUGCUACAUCUAUACAAUAUGAAUUUACUCAAGCCUUUUUACACAUCUCCACCAGUAGCUAAUGCUUUUGGUGUAUGCAGUAUAUAUUGAUAGAAAGAUCAGAUACAUGCGAUAUGAUUGCCACAACUCAUUUUAUAACAGGGAUGACAGAAGGUACAGUUAGCUCCAAAACAAUCAAAAAACAAACACUACAGAGAAAACUUACUCAUCUCGGUUAUCCACUGAUUAAAACCAUCCAGGAGUCUUGUGCAUUGACAUGGGUUCAAUUAAGUCACCUCAUCAAGACAUUAACCCUAGAGACAAAAAUGCACAUUUGGCAUAUUUUCAGAGAUAGGAGUGUGAUUGUGAAUUAGCCUUCAGCUAAGCCCGAGUUCCAUGUGUCCUGAGAGCAUCUACGUCUGUUUAAAUCAUCUUUGUUGGUCAUUGCACAUGUACAUUACAACGAAAUGUGUCCCCUGCAUUUAACCCAUCCCUUAUAGGGAGCAGUGGGCUGCCAUUGUGCGGCCCCUGGGGAGCAUUCUGGGGCUAAGGGACUCAGAGUGGCAAUCUGUGGGAUACAAACCUGGCCCCUUGUGUCCCCUCCGGAACGCAAACCUCCUGUUCUAACCACUAGGCCACUAGGGGCCCUAACUUAACACCAGGAGUGUUAAGUUAGGGCCUAUUCACUUUGGACAGGUGUUAACACCAGGUCUCAGUGUGGCUGCUUUGGUUUGUGCCAUGAGUGUUCAGAUCUCUUUUAGAUUUAAGCAUGCAUCAUGUUUCUUCCAUUAAAAUGGUCAAGAUCUAUAUCCUUCGGAUCUAUAAGCUGGGUUGAUUAUUAUGUGGAGUAGGCUUCACAGCCGCUCUGAUAGCAGCAAACUAGUUGCAGGCCAGACUUGGACUUCCUUAAAAUUCUGACCCAGGUUCUGUAUUUCUGUGGGAAAAGUGCAGAGUUCCUGACCAGAUUGAGGAAGUUGAACCAUAAUUUGUGAUGCCUCGAUUAGGGAAAGAAAGGGCAGGUUUUGCACAACACUAAGCUGGAGAGCAAAUGGUUAGUAACACAAAGACAUGAACUUUUUUGUUUCUUUUUGCAAAACAAAAAAGAAAAGACAAAAUCCUCUGGUUUGUUCAUUGUGAUGUUAAUUUCGUCUAUGUACAGUUACGUAUUGUCUCUGAUUUUCUUUAGUGUACAGCUUCAUAAGGUUAAAAACUAAAAAAAUAUAAAUAAAUAAAAAUAAUAAUUUCUAUGUAGUAACAUUUUGAGCUCUCAUGUUUCCUUGAGUGAAAUAUUGAAACUUAAAAGUGUCAUUUAGUUCCGAGGAGCUUGGUCACAAAACUAUCAUCGUACGGACAAAAAAAGGGAAAUGCCCCUUAUUACCAUUCAUUGCUGUUACAGUGACCAGCAUAUGUAUAUCUUCUCUGUUUGUAUGUUGUUGUCCUUGUAAAUAACCGUGUUAAUCCUCUGUUUGCCCUUGAAAAACACAAACUCAUAAGAAAAGGAAGCUGCAAAUGGAAAUGGUAUUUUGUUACUUGUCCUUCUGGAUUUGUAUCAUGUAAAUAAAUUCAGUAUAUCGUAAAGAAGUGAUCUAGAAAAACAAACAAAAAAACGGGAUUGGCAUAAUGUGUGUCAAACAUAUUCUGUGUAUGGCAGUUAAAAUAUGUUAAGUGUUUAAUUAAAUGUCACAAGCUAUUUUUACUGCGCUAA